AUGUCCUCAUCUCAUCAACUAGUGCCUGCCGAAAGUUCACCUGCUCAAACUGCGCUUGAUCUUAUCGACCAACUGGCCAAUGUAACAUUACACGACAAUGUUAUUAUCUUGGAAGUUGAAAAUCUGCUCGACGGUUGGCCUACCUACGAGAUCAAUUUCACACCGAAAAAACCGGGACCGCUGAAACUCGUCAUUCGCCUUCUCGAUACCGUGAAACUUGUUAAACUAGAAGACUGUCCAGACAGCGAAGCCGAGGGUUUGUUGCCCGGAAAGCCAAAAGGGCGGGAGAGAAACUCAAGGCCAGAGGGACUUGGGAGAUCCAGAUAUUACAAUGGUAGACUUGGCGACUUACUCCAGCGGUCAUGUCAACGCAAAGCCCAUUCAGCUCCUGGGACUUCGAGUCUCAAAGAGCCUCCCAUGCGCAAAGUCCCUGUCUCCUCCAGACGUCCAUUCCACGAUACAGAUUGGCCACCUCGCCGGCCUCGCAAAUUGAGACCCAUUUCUCCUGAUGAGCCCAUAACUGAGCUUCACACCUUCAGAACCUUCUCUGCCGCUGUUGGUCCAUUGCCUCAGACGGAGCAUACCAUCUGUUUCCAGCGGAGUUUAGAUCUCACGACAUCUGGCUUGUAUGGAAGCACCAUGGAUUUCACUGGGGGGUCUUUAUUUCAUCCUACGCAUAACUCACAAUGUCCUCCGCAAAAUUUCAAUAUGCCGCGUUGGGGCCAGGAACUUACACCUUCCCCCCUAUCUCCCGGUUCUAUGCCAUUACCGCCUGACGGAGAUCUCUUUACAGAUAGUUCUAGAGCGCCGCAACCUCAUUUUCAACAGGGUGCAUAUAUGCACGAAAUUCAGCAGUUCCAGGCCUUGCAUGAAAAGUAUAGGGCCUUGGAGCUGCAAAUUGCAAAGGUUACGGCAGAACGCGACACCAUCUCGGCUGCAUAUCAAUAUCUUGCCAGCGCUGUUCGUUUACCGCUCAAUGACCCACUCCAAUUUGACCCUGCGUCCAUCUCAACACCAGCAAGCACUACGCAACGUCCAAAACCAGACACCCACCCCAAUAUCCGGUUCUGGAACAAGGCCGACUACUUCGAGUGGUUAGAAUCGGCUGAAGCGGACAAUGCUGUUGGCCGCGGUAAGCUUGCAUUCCUGGAGGACGAGAACGGUGAUCCGAUCUCAGAAACUACGAUUGACGCCAUUCGAAAGGCCCUACGUGCAGCAUGGUCCGAACUUCUCAGUCGCAAGCUCGCACCUUUGACUUGGGGAAAGCUGACUGCGUCAGGUGGCCAGUUGGUGAAUACCUUGAUGGAAAAUGCCUUCCCUUUGUUCAAGUUUGCCAAUAAUGGGUGGAAGCUCGACUAUCUCGCUACAAUGUCUUAUUCGUCUUGGCGCAGGCAUCACAUGGACGACCAUGGCAAUCCGCUAUCUGCUGGCGACACCGGUGAUGAUGGCGACAACACUUCAAAAGGCAAGAAAAGAAAGCAGCGCAUGAAAUCUGAAGCCUUCGAAGUCCUUGAAAAGAAAAUCAAAGUUGAUCAUGAUGUGCGGGAGAGUAUUGUACUGCCGCUGACUCCACCACCAUCUUCUACUUCAUCCCCACCUCUGCUCCCAGUUCAGCCGUUCUCUCCGACUGGUGCUCCACUGUCUACUCUGCAAACCCAAGAUCCAAUCGCCGUAACGGAUCAGGAACCUCUCGACGACAUCCCGAACAUACUACCCGAGCCUCUCUCCGCACCAAAACCCGUCAAAAUUAUGAUUGUCAAUCCGCUAUCUACGCUCGCACUAGCUGCAUCCAAUAUUGUAAUACCACCUACUACAGCUCUCUCGAGUAUCCCACUGUCCCUACUAGAUCCAGGAACCGAACUCGAACCAACGGAUGCAGGGAGCAUUCCUGCUCCCUCCGAGUCUACUAGGAAAACCCCAAAGACCGGUAGCAAGGCAAAAAUGCGCCCAGGCAACGCGAAAAACGGACGGAACUUAUGUGCGCUACGUUGGCUCAAGCAGACCAAGCGCAAUGGGACAACGGACGAGUUUAAUGCCUUCUACGGGACAUUGACAUCAGAUCAGCUUGGAAAAUACAACGAGGAAGCCAAGAAUUUGGUGUCCAACGACGCGUGGAAUAAGAAUGUCAACGAGGGCCAAAUCUACUAGCCUUUCACUCCAUUCUGCUACCAGCGUCUGCCACACCUUCGUUGCUGUGUUAUCCACUUCCUAUUUUCGAUCCCGCUGCCUGGUCUCGAC